ACUAACUUCUCAUUUUCUCAUUCUCAAAAAAUAAAAUAAAAAAUAAAAAAUUAAAAUCUCAUUUUCUCUCUUGCAAAAUCAUAUCAGCAAGAAUGAGAUAUUUAUUCAAGGUUGGAACUUUUCAUUCGAUUUCUUGCAAUAAUUUGAUAAUUUCACAAUUUAUUGCAUAUAGACUUGUUCAGAAAGAUUGCCUUUCAAUUCUGUCAUCAAAAUCACUGGAAAAUCCCAAGAGAGUUGAUAAAGAGUUGCAUGGUUUCGGGGCCCUGUUCGAUGAAAUUCUCGGAAUUUUAGGAACUGAAAGUAUUGCGGCGGAUAGAGAUGCUCCAUGUGGGUUUUCGAUAUCGAAAGAAUCGCAGUUGAAACGAAAUAUGGCAGGUGUAGAAUCACCACUGCACCAGCUGCAAGGUGUUUGUGAAAAUGCCGAGGAGAAAUCAGACCAUAUAAAUAUUGGGAAUUUAUCGGCUUUAGGAGAUAACGAGAAUGCGGUUUCGGAUGAAAUCGAAUUCGAGGAUGUUUAUCCAAUCGUUCGUAAGGUGACUGAGAUUGUUAGGACUGAAAACGGUGUGCCCCCGAUGGAGGAGAGGCUCGAAAAAGCUGAUUUUAAUUACAAUGAGGAAGUUGUCGAGAAGGUAUUGAAGAAUUGUUUCAAGUAUCCUCAUUUGGCUUUGCGGUUUUUCAAUUGGGUGAAACUUAGUAAAGGGUUUCGGCACACGACGAACACUUUUACUAUGAUGAUAAACGUAGCUGGGGAAGCUAAGGAGUUGAGUUUGGUGGAGGAUUUAGCCGAAGAAAUGGUGAGGAGUUCUUGUAAUAUGAAUGUUAAGACGUGGACUAUUCUUCUGUCGCAUUAUGGUAAAUCAAGAUUGAUUAGCAAAUCCUUAUUGGUGUUUGAGAACAUGAGAAAAUCUGGUGUCGAGCCUGAUGCAAUUGCCUAUAAAAUAAUGCUCGGUGCUCUCUGUAAUGGUGGAAGAUCCGAUCUUGCAUUGGAGUUCUACAAAGAUAUGGUACAUAAUGAGGUGAAUUUAGAUUUGGGCUUGUGUAAACAAUUACUUAAGUGCUUUGCAUUGUCUGGAGAUGUUACUUCCGUUUAUUUAGUCGGUGAAAACAUGAAAAAAAAUUCCGAGAUUUCCGAACCUCAGAUUUACCAUUUAAUGCUGAAGAGUUUCUGUAUUGCAGGGAGAAUAAGAGAAUCUUUAGAAUUAAUUCGUGACUUGAAGAAUAAGAACGUUAUUCUCGAUGCUGGAAUAUUUGAAACAUUAGUGAAAGGGCUUUGUAGCAAAGAUAGGAUUACGGAUGCAAUGGAAAUACUUGAAAUAAUGAAGAAAAAGAACGUAUUUGAUGAGAAUAUAUACCGAAUUCUUAUAAGUACGUAUCUGAGAAGAAAUGAAGUCGCUGAAGCACUUAGUCUUUUCGAAGAAGCGAAAAAAUACGGAAAUAUCUCGGUCUCUACUUACACGAAUUUGAUGCAACACCUUUUCUGGAAGAACGAAUUUCAGAAGGGGUUGGAGCUCUACGAUGAGAUGCUCGAAAUGGGAUUGGAAUUAGAUUGUGUGGCUAUAACUGCUGCGGCUGUUGGUUAUGUUCGAAAAAAUUGUAUUUCCGAAGCAUGGGAAGUAUUCAUGAGUAUGGAUGAAAAAGGAAUCAAGCCAACUUCCAAAUCGUACACGAUUUUCAUUAAUGAGCUCUGUAAAGUUUGCAGUACAGAUGAGAUUAUAAAGACGUUGAAUGAAAUGAAGGUUCGAAAAGUGAAUAUUCAAGAUGAUAUCUUUAGGCACGUUCGAUCUCACCUGAAGAAGAAAGGAGAGACAGAGAAGCUCGAUGGGGUACUAAUUGAUGGUCAAUGCAGUCAACCAAAAUCAGUAGGAAAAUCGGAACCCGAUCGAAUAGUUCAAGAAAGGUUGUCAAAAUACUCUGCGGGCCCUGCAAGAUUCGAUGGAAAUUCUGAUAUGCAAGAAAUUCGACAAAUUUUAUCUGGCUCAUUUGAUUGGUGUUUUAUACAAGAGAAAUUGGAGAAGCUGAAUUUCCAGUUUUCUCCAGACUUAGUGGUGGAAAUUUUGCGUAGUAGUGCACUUAAUAUUACCAAUGCCUUGAAGUUUUUCUCGUGGGUUGGGGCAAAAACCGGUUAUAACCACAACGAACAAUCGUACAACAUGGCAUUGAAAAUUUCAGGUCAAGGCAAAAACUUCAAAGAAAUGAGAAAUCUCUUUCACGAGAUGCGGAGAAAGGGUUGCUUAAUAACACCCGACACAUGGACAAUCAUGAUAAUGCAGUACGGUCGAACCGGGUUGACCGAUAUUGCUUUGGAAAUUUUCGGAGAGAUGAAAAUUAGUGGUUGUAAACCGGAUAAAAGCACGUACACUUAUUUGAUCACUUCUCUUUGUGGCAAAAAAGGCAGAAAAACCGACGAAGCAAUUCGCUUAUAUCAAGAAAUGCUUCGAGUGGGGUUUGCUCCUGAUAAAGAAUUGGUCGAAACCUACGUCGGAUGUUUAUGCGAAGUCAAUAAAUUAUCCGAUGCGAAGAAUUGCAUCGAUUCUUUACGUAAAUUCGGUUUCUCAAUUCCAUUAUCUUACUCCUUAUACUUCAGGGCCCUUUGUCGGGCAGAGAAAUUGGAGCAUGCUUUAGCUUUGAUGGAUAAAAUCGGUUCCGAAAAAAAUCUUCUUGAUCAGUACACAUAUGGCAGCUUAAUUCACUGUUUGCUACGAAGGGGGCGAUUGGAAGAUGCAUUGGCAAAGAUAAAAUGUAUGGAGAAACAAGGCGUUCAUCCAACUGUACAUGUGUACACAUCUUUAAUAAUUUAUUUUCUUAAGGAGAAAGAAAUAAAUCGAGCGUUGGAAACGUUAGAGGAAAUGAAGAAACGGGGUUGUCAGCCUACGAUCGUUACUUAUUCAGCUUUGAUUUGUGGGUACGUGAGAUUGGGGAAGAUUACGGAAGCUUGGGAUGUUUUCGGUAAUAUAAAAAAGAACGGCCCGUUACCCGAUUUCAAGACAUACUCCAUGUUUGUGGACUGCCUAUGUAGAGUAGGAAAGUCCGAAGAAGCUUCUAGACUUAUUUCGGAAAUGCUGCACGAUGGGAUUAUUCCGAGCACAAUUAAUUUUCGGAAUAUUAUAUAUGGUCUGAAUAGAGAAGGCAAACCGGAUUUAGCACGGGUUGUGCUGAAGAAAAAGUUGGAUAUCAAAAGCAGAAGAAAAAUGUAACUCGAGUUCGGAGGGAAUAUUAAGAAGCUCGUUUACUUUGAGAUUGCUCUUAGAAAUCAGCUCGUCGAUGGCAAGUUAAAUUGCACGGUAAGUUCAUAUCUUAUCUGCAAAUGAUAAGAGCCAUCCAUCGAACGAGGAGAUACGAAUAAAGAUAAGCGAUUUGGCUUAUUAGGUUCCGCCAUUUUAAAGAUGGGGUUUGUUCGUGUGGGGAUUACUGGUGACAUAUUCGACUAUAUAUGAACAUCUUUUGCUAAGAAUCGGGAUCGCUUCGAGGUAUUUUAUUUUAUUUUUUAAUUAUUUUGUUAUGCCACUAAUAAGAUGCUUUAAUUUACUUGUUCUUUUUUGAGUUGCUUUCAAAACCAGUUUAACGAUGAAGCUGCUCGAAGAAUUUUCGAAACCUCAUUUUCUCUCUCCGACAAGUGCAGAUGAUAAACGGAACAUGUCUUAACUGUAUUACCUCGUCAUCGUAAUUUGUGAUACGUACAUAUAUAUGCAGGUAUAGUCGUGCCAUCUUCUUUAGAAAAGUUUCCGCAUUCUACAUUCGAGCCGAUGAAGAAUUGAGCAGGACUACAGCUUCAAAUGUUUAAGCAAAACUAUGCAUGUGGUUAUAUCCUAAGCAUUUUAUAAUUUAAUUUAAUUAAAAAAAAAUCAGAAAAUAGUAAAACAGUUAAAAUUGUAAUAUUUAUUUGGUCUGUGUAAUUAAUAUCCCAGAUUUGGUAGCAUUGUGAGAAACUUGAUCCUAUAUAUGUGGUAAUGAAAUCUGAGAGAUUCGUCUUAAUCAAUAGCGGAA